GGGAGAAGAAGAGGAAGCAACUAGAGAUCAGGAGCAGAACAUCAGAGUCCAUGAGAGAGGAGGAGCAGGAGGAGCAGUAGAGGAGCGGAAUGGAGGAGGACAAGCAGAACCCGGAGCACCGGAGCAACAAGGUCCGGAGAAGACAAGCAGCAGGCUCGUCCUCUGAUAGCAGCGAUGUUGAGGAACAGAGAGGAAGAGAGGAACUCAUACGUCACCACCGUGACAAAUCCUUCACAACAUCUGGAUCGUUAAAAAUUCAUCAAAGAGUUCAAACUGGAGAGAAACCAUACAGCUGUGACCAAUGUGAGAAAACAUUUUUGCGCUGCAGUGCCCUCAAAGCCCAUCAACGCAUUCACAUUGAAGGGGAACUGUCCAGUUUUUUCCAAAGUGGGAAGGAUUUCACAGAGUCAGGGACCUCAAGAAAACAAGACACUGACACAGCAGAGAAACUGUUUAGCUGUGAUCAAUGUGAGAAAGCUUUCACCACUCUACGUAGCUUAAAAAGUCACCACUGUGUUCAUACUGCAGAAACGCUGCACUGCUGUGACCAAUGUGGGAAAACUUUUUCGCAACACACAUCCCUUAAAACUCACCAAAGAAUUCACACAGGAAAGAAACUGUACAGCUGUGAUCAAUGUGGCAAAGCUUUCACAUGCCCAAGUAAGUUGAAAGACCAUCAGCGCAGUCACACAGGAGAGAAACCUUACAUGUGCGAGCAAUGUGGGAAAAAGUUUUCCCAAAUCAGAACCCUAAUAUCUCAUAAACAUAUUCACACUGGUGAGAAACCAUACAGGUGUGAUCAAUGUGGCAAAGCCUUUGCACGGUCAGGGGCCUUAAAACGCCACCAACGUAUUCACACAGGAGAGAAACCGUACAGCUGUGAUCAAUGUGACAAAGCCUUUGCACAGUUAGAGACCUUAAAACGCCACCAACGUAUUCACACAGGAGAGAAACCGUACAGCUGUGAUCAAUGUAGCAAAGCUUUCAAAUGGUUAAGUAACUUGAAAGCCCAUCAACGCAGUCACACAGGAGAGAACCCAUACAGGUGCAACCAAUGUGGGAAAAAGUUUUCCCAAAUAGGAACCUUAAUAUCUCAUAAACGUAUUCACACAGGAGAGAAACAAUACAGGUGUGGUCUAUGUGGCAAAGCUUUCACAUGCUCACGUAGCUUGAAAACCCAUCAACUCAGUCACACGGGCGAGAAACCGUACAGCUGUAAUCAAUGUGGCAAAGCUUUCACACAAUCACGUAACUUGAAAGCCCACCAACGCAGUCACACAGGAGAGAAACCGUACAGGUGUGAUCAGUGUGGCAAAGCUUUCACACAGUCACGUGACUUGAAAACCCAUCAACGCAGUCACACAGGAGAGAAACCAUACAGCUGUGAUCAAUGUGGCAAAGCUUUCACACAGUUAGGUAGCUUGAAAACCCAUGAACGCAGUCACACAGGAGAGAAACCGUACAGCUGUGAUCAAUGUGGCAAAGCUUUCACGCAGUUAGGUAGCUUGAAAACCCAUGAACGCAGUCACACAGGAGAAAAACUGUACAGCUGUGAUCAAUGUGGUAAAGCUUUCACGCAGUCAAAUCACUUGAAAACCCAUCAACGCAUUCACACAGGAGAGAAACCGUACUGGUGUGAACAAUGUGGUAAAGCUUUCACACAGUUAGAUAGCUUGAAAACUCAUCAACGCAGUCACACAGGAGAGAAACCGUACUGGUGUGAACAAUGUGGCAAAGCUUUCACACAGUCAGGUAGCUUGAAAACCCAUCAACGCAGUCACACAGGAGAGAAACCGUACAGCUGUGAUCAAUGUGGCAAAGCUUUCACACAGUUAGGUAGCUUGAAAACCCAUCAACGCAGUCACACAGGAGAGAAACCAUACAGCUGUGAUCAAUGUGGCAAAGCUUUCACACAGUUAGGUAACUUGAAAGCCCAUCAACGCAGUCACACAGGAGAGAAACGGUACAGCUGUGAUCAAUGUGGCAAAGCUUUCACACAGUUAGGUAACUUGAAACCCCAUCAACGCAGUCACACCGGAGAGAAACUGUACUGCUGUGAUCAAUGUGGCAAAGCUUUCACACAGUUAGGUAAUUUGAAACCCCAUCAACGCAGUCACACAGGAGGGAAACUGUACAGGUGCGAUCUAUGUGGCAAAGCGUUUGCACAGUCAGGGGCCUUAAAAUCCCACCAACGUAUUCACACAGGAGAGAAACCGUACAGCUGUGAUCAGUGUGGUAAAGCCUUUGCAACACCAUGGACUUUAAAAAGCCACCAACGCAUUCACACAGGAGAGAAACUGUACAGCUGUGAUCAAUGUGGCAAAGCCUUUACACAGUCAGGGGUCUUAAAAAGCCACCAACGUAUUCACACAGGGGAGAAACCGUACAGCUGUGAUCAAUGUGGCAAAGCCUUUGCACACAGAUGGACAUUAAUAAGCCACCAACGUAUUCACACGGGAGAGAAGCCGUACUGGUGUGACCAAUGUGGAAGAUUGUUUGCCCAGUGCAGUCAAUUGAGAACCCACCAAUGCCGGCAUGCAGGAGAGAACCCGUACAGCUGUGACUAGUGUGAGAAAGCUUUUAUUUAACGGUAUGACCUAAAAAUCCACCAACGUGUUCACACCAGAGAGAACCCGUCGUGAUGUGACCAAUGUUGGUAGUGACAUUAAAGCCCACAAAUGUGUUUACCCUGCAUUGUUUUGGACAUUUUCAGGGCCAGGCAAACAUCUUCCUACUGCCUCCUCCCCAUGCCCUGAUAGCUGUGUUGAUAUCUUACUUUUGUCUUUGAUUAGUUUUAUCUGUUUUUUAUUUCAAUUGUAACCCAAUGUUGGACCACCAGAUUCCUCCCUGUAGGACUCCCAUGUGUGAGAGCUGAUGUAGAGGCAGAUAAUGUAUUGUUCUAUAUCAAAUGUGAAAAUAAUGUCAGUUGCAAAAGGUCUUAGAAACAGUUGACCAGAUGUCAGAUUUCGCAAUAGAAAGGACUCUUUAUAAGAAGUUGUUUUUGAAUACUGUCGAGUUGUUGUACUUUGGAGUUACUGGGAAGGACUCAUUUUAAGGAGUUGUUUUUGUAAUGUUGAGCAAUUCUUGUACGAUCACAACCAUCCUUCUACAAUCAACAGAGAGAUGUCAACUACACAUUUGCGUUUCUUUAGCAAUUAGGUAAGCAACUGCAUGAAACCAGUGCCAUGGCGUGGUAGAAUAGGCAAGCUUUAAAUUGGAUUUUAGCAGAAAUAGGGGGAGUAUGUAAAAUGUUCGGGACGCUCUGUUGUACGUUUAUUUCAAAUAACAGCCUGAUGGAACACUUUCUGUUGCUAUGAGUAAGCUUGAAGCCUUAAAAUCUGAAAUGACUGAAAAUGCUGGUAAGAGUGGAAGAAUCAAGUGGGAUGGGUUAGAGGAAAUUUUUGGAAAAUGGGGAGCCGUUUUGGCUAAAACAGGGAUAAUUGUACUGAUAGUACUAAUUCUGUUUUCCUUAUUGACAUGUUGCAUCAUGCCUGUCCUGAAGAAAUGGUGUGAGAGAGAGAGAGAUGAACAAUGGCUGAUACUCUCUCCUGGAAGAGAGGACGGGGAAUAUAUAUACCACAACCACAUACACGAUAUCACAUAAACAAGAGACUGUGAACAAUAUACUCCACCAUUUUCUGUAUUCAUUUUUUUCUGUAUUCAUCUUUGUGUUUUGAUUUUACAAGAGGGAAAUGUACUCUGAUUUGGACUUAGCAAGUUAUGCAUAUUAUCCAAAAUGAUUUCUGUGAUUGUAUUUGAUCCUUUUAUUGAAAAUUCAUCUGUUAGGCCGCCUAAUGGGAGGGGGCCAACGGGGGACUUUUCCUGGAUUCAACAGCCGCCAGGUUUUUCCGAGACCACUUUUUCCUUCCCAAUACCGAUUCUGAUCCCUGAACCUUAGGUAUUUGCCGAUACCGAGUACCGAUCUGAUCCCAGUACGUAAUGUCUCAACUUCUAAACCUCUAUGUAAAAUAUUAAGAAAUAAAUACACAAUAGUAGAAUGAAUGCCAUAAAACUUUUUUUUAUUAUUAUGAUUUUAAAGGCGACAGUAGAAUGCUUUUUAAACUCCGCUCCGUUUCCAUUUUAUUUGCCUGUAGCGUGCGUAUGUGAAAUGAUACAAGGCAUUACGUGGUAUCGGAUUGGUCAUAGGCUGUACUCGCUGACACCCGAUACCGUAUUUUAGGCAGUAUCUGAGGCAUUUCCGAUACUGGUAUCGGUAUCGGUACAACUCUAGUUUUUCGCCUCCAUCAGUUGAAGUGUUGAGAGAUGCUAAAAAUAUGUUUCAGUGUUUCAAGUAAUAUCAUAUACUCAUGCCAAGUUCAUAUAUCAUCUUAUCAUAUUCAAGUUUAAGAGUUUCACACAAGACCAUAUAUUCAUGUUAGUAAGGAACUUCUACUCCUCCUACUCAUACUUAUACAAACAUAGGCGUUCAUUAACCAUACAUUAUCUCUGCGAAUAAUUUAUGAUAAAAUAAUAAAGAGGAGGGUCUAUGUAGAGGCAGAUAAUGUAUUGUUGAGUUGUUGUACUUUGGAGUUACUAGGAAGGACUCCUUUUAGGAGUUGUUUUUGUCAUGCUGAGUAAUUCUUGUACGAUCAUUUCCAGGAAAUCAAACUUGGCAGAAUGGUUAGGUCCCAGACCCAGACUUGAACGCACAUGGAUGCACACACACACAUAGACACACAUACACACACCCAGACACACACAUGCACACAAAAGAACAGACGCUCACUCACUCAGAUAGUAUAAAGGUUUUUGGAAGUUGCAUGAGUGGGGCUGUUUCUGCUGUGUCCGCUGUUUUCUACGACCUGUAUUGUUGAGUUGUACUUUGCAAUUAAAGUAAUCCGGCUGGCUGUAACUUUUCUCCGUGGUUCUCCAAGUCUCUUCAUUUCAGUGUUUGCUGAAGUUGAGCAAUUUCCGUACACUGACCACAAACUUUUCAAAAUCUAUCAUGCAACUGUCGGGGGCA